UUCCCAAUAAAAUCAUGUUUCUCUUUCGACCAAGUGUCAAAAUAAACGUGUUAGACCUAAACACCGAAUAACUGAAACAUUUGUUUCUUUCCCUAAAAGGACCUCAAUAGUGAAUAGACUAAUGCCGUAGAUUUGUAACUGUUCUAAAGUUGCAACAACGUGACCGUGUACCAGUCUACACAGAGAUGUCGAUGUUUCAGAGAUUCCUCAACUUGGGCAGUGCGACAAAAGAGAAAGAGGAGCCAAAAUUAAAUCAAGUAUUGCCAUCGACAGUGGAAGAGUUAAGUGAUGGGCAGCCAUACAACCCGUAUACCGAGAUACUAGUUCUACAGGAACACAAAGACAUUGUUCGCAGUCUGCUCAAGAUUGACAAAUACAGGUGUGUGUCUGUUGCAGAUGACUGUAAGGCUGUUAUUUGGGACAUACAUAUCGGUCAAAGAUUAGCUGUUCUUUCUGGCCACACUCAUCCAAUCACAUGCAUGCUUUUAUUGAAGCCCCAGACUAACGCUGUUGCUGAUUGGUUGCUUGUGACUGGAUCGUCGGACAAACUAAUCAAGGUUUGGGACAUCUCCACUGGGUAUUGUCAUCAGAGUAUUUCUGACCAUGCAAGCUCCGUCAGGUGCUUGGUUUCCCUCACUGAAGAUUGUCAGCUGUUUUGUUCAGGAGGAGAAAGUCUCGCAGUCUGGCAGCACGACGGAAGACUCCUCCACGCAUACACGCGGGGGGGCGAGGAAGAAGAUAUUUCGUUUAUGAUUGUCAUACAGAACGAGAGAGUUGUCACAGCUGCUGACAAGAUUAUUGUUGUGUACUCUGUAAUCACACCCGAGGAUGGAGGAGAACCAGAUGAUAAGAAAAUCCGCCUUGUGAAGAAACUUCCACCCCAUCGCGAAGCCAUCCACAGCCUCAUCAACAUAUCUGAGUCUUGUUUUGCCAGUGGGUCUAUUGAUGGAACAAUCAUCUUGUGGACGACCCAGAACCUCAUUCCAGCCAAGUAUUUCAACACCGUCACAGAGUACGUUGGAGAUGCAAAGCUCUACCCGUACUCCAUACAGAGCAUGUUCUGUGCACAAGAAAAGUACCUGUUUGCCACCAUUGGAUCUGGAUUUUGUGUCUUUGACGUAUCCGUUGGUCAAGAGAGGCUGAUGGUAAAAAAGCUUGCAGCUCAUUACUCCAAGAUACUGCACAUUGGAUUUGCUUGUGAUGGUGCCUACCUGGUGACGUGUUCUGAAGAUGGUUCUAUUAGAUUGUGGGGCAAAACUCCAAUCAGUGAUGAUUCUGGUAGUUCCGACAGAGAUAUUUGUACUCUUGGACCAAUGGAGCGGUUUACAGGACUCAGAGGAGACCAGCUGAGACAGUGUUGCCAUAGCGACAACCUGCUGGAGCCAUCUCUACUUGGAGAAUGCACCGCUCACUCGGGCUCAGUGCAGAUGUUCCUCGACUUUGAUCAUGAAGGUUUGGUGUCAUGUGGUGGAGAUAAUCUUCUUAUUGUUUGGAAGAAUGCUGAAAUGCAAAAGAUCCAAAGAAACCAGAAAGUUCAAGAAAUUCUUUUUUCAAGAGAUGGAAUUGUGUGACACACUUUCGUCAUUUUGGGGCAUGUGCAAUACUGUAUUAUUGCCCAUAUGGUUAAAAUAUCUUGGUACAUAUCAACGUGAUGCGUCCCACUAUAACGUCAAGCGUGACAUAACGCUUCGAGAUGUCAUCGAUUGAUGCACUACAACGCAACAGUAAUAUCAACCAAACGAGUUAAGUGAUAUGAAUUAAGAUCAAUUAUGGGUAAUAAAUAGGAUAUUAAACUUGCUACCAUUUCGUAUCAUGUUUAUGCCUCUUGUGAAAUAAUUUUUAUUUUCACUCGCUAAAGUUUGUGACAACUGAAAAUUAUAUUACUCAGAACAUAAACAUGAUACGAAAUGGAAGCUUGUUUAACUCGUAUAAUAACAACCUUGUUAAAAAGGACACCUUGUUACAUUUUUAUAAAGGGCUCAUUCCACUUAGGCUACAACCAUUUAAAUGAGUCCAAUUUAAUUGAAAUGACAUUGGUGGUGUUGGGCACCACCUAAAGGGUAAUAUAUGUAGGGAAUAACUGGUUACUGUCUUAAGAUAUCGGCUUUAUCUUGUGAAGGUUAGAAUGGCGAACGCAGCGAGGCUCUGCCAAGCUAUAUAUGCCAUUCAACCUGAGCAGGAUA